GAAGAAAAAAAGGCAAAUUCGAAGGAUGAACAACCACCGUAUGACUCCGGAGGCAGCGGCGCAAUUCGGUGAUGGAAUUCAGAUGGUUCUUUCUCGGUGGGCUGCACUGCGGAUGGCCAUCGAAAACGGGUGGGGUGGCCGCGACUCUCUCCAGAAAUCGCAGCAGCUCGGCCACAACCUCUUCAAUUUCCUCACUCAAUCGAAAGAUCAAGUGUAUAUUGAUGAUGUAGAGGAUAUACUUUAUGAAUUCAUGGACUCUCUCAAUACUGAGAUUCAGGACGGCAGUGUAGAGGAGGUAUAUCAUCUUCAUCUAUUUGCCCUAAUUUUGGCUCCUACUAAUUACUUCAUGUGUGUAGGAUGGAAAUUAAAGAGUAAAGCAAAAAAUCUCUACUCAAAUCUUGUUGCAGAAAAGUUUAUGGUAAUGCGUGAAGAAUGUUUAGAAGGUCAGUUUGAUUUGAUAAAGAAGCUGCGAGAAACAAAUGUUCCAAGUGUUUCGUAUACCAGACAGCCCAACAACGAUGACGAGGAAGACAGUGAUGAAGAUGAUGCAAUUAUAGAGAACAAUAUGUCAGCAAUGGAAGUUGAUGCUCCACAACCACAGCGCCAAUUGGAUCACAAUCUGACUGAUAUUGUGGCUGAUGAAAGUAGCACGAAAGAUACCCCUCAAGUUGUGGAUGAUUGGACUGUUGUUUCAAAAAGAGUAAAGGGAGAAAGAAUUGAUGGAUUGAUUACAUUAGCUCGAGCCACUUUAGGAUAUUUUUUGUUCAAGUCGUUUUGUUCCUACUUUGCUGCAAGUAACUAG